GAUAACCAUAACUUACUAUCACAUCUCCACGCCAUCAACAAAUACGAAACCUUAAAAAAUGGCUUCCUCAUUCUCUUUCAAGCUCUUCUUCUUCCUCUUUCUCUUCUCUGCCCUUAGCUCUCAUCUCGCCACAGCCAAAACAGCAGCAUUCCCCAAAGCUCUUGUCCUACCUGUUACAAAAGACACCACCACUCGCCAGUACAUCACCCAAAUAACCCAAAGGACCCCUCCAGUCCAACUCAAAGUCGUCCUAGAUGUUGGUGGCGAAUUCCUUUGGAUUGACUGUGAAAAGGGCUACAAAUCUUCUACCAAAAGGCAUGUCCCCUGCGGCUCACCACAAUGUGUCCUGAGCGGGUCUGGGGCUUGUACUACCAGCGACAACCCAUCAGACGUAGGCGUUUGUGGUGUGAUGCCCAAUAACCCUUUCUCAUCAGUCGGCACUAGUGGUGAUUUAUUCGAAGACAUCUUAUAUAUCCAAUCCACCAACGGAUUCAAUCCCGGUAAACAAGUUUCAGUACCCAAUCUACUUUUCUCGUGUGCACCCAACUCUCUCUUAGAAGGCCUCGCAAGCGGAAUCGUCGGUAUGGCUGGCUUUGGAAGGAACAAAGUUGCGCUUCCUUCCUUGUUCUCAUCGGCUUUUAGCUUUCCAAGAAAGUUCGGCGUUUGCUUGUCCUCUUCUAACGGUGUCAUUUUCUUUGGAAAGGAACCUUAUGUGUUGCUUCCUGGUAUUGACGUCUCUGACCCUACGUCCUUGACUUACACUCCGUUAAUCCAAAACCCUAGAAGCCUCGUAUCCAGUUUCGAAGGCAACCCAUCAGCCGAAUACUUCAUCGGAGUAAAGUCCAUUAAGGUCGACGGGAAGCCCUUGAGGCUCAAUACUACGCUGCUAACCUUCGACAACGAAGGUGGUCAUGGGGGAACGAAGAUAAGCACCGUUGAUCCAUUCACAACAUUGGAAACUUCCAUAUACAAAGCCGUUGUUGGUGCGUUUGUCAAAGCUCUUGGGCCUAAGGUUCCUAGAGUUAAGGCAGUUGCACCGUUCGGAGCUUGCUUCAAUGCAAAGUACAUCGGCAACACCCGAGUUGGGCCUGCCGUUCCUCAGAUCGAUUUGGUGUUGCGGAACGAUAAGUUGUGGUCGAUAUUUGGUGCCAACUCCAUGGUUAGUGUUGGUGAUGAUGUGUUGUGCCUUGGAUUCGUUGACGGUGGUCCACUUAACUUCGUUGACUGGGGUGUUAAGUUCACCCCAACUGCUGUUGUGAUUGGAGGGCAUCAAAUUGAGAACAAUUUUCUUCUGUUUGAUUUGGGUGCUUCAAGGCUUGGUUUCAGCUCCUCUCUUCUGUUUAGGCAAACAACUUGUUCUAAUUUCAACUUCAAUUCUUCUACUUACUAGAAGCGCGCGCGUACGUCGAUCGACCUCAUUAAUUCCAGUUUUUAUGGUAUUUCGAGGCCUUGUGUUUCGGCUGCUGUAACUUUGUUUUUGGUUAACUUAAUGAUAAUUAAUUAAUGUAUUUGGGCUUCUUUCUUC